AUGUACGACGCGCUUGCUCUUGGAAGCGGUGGCGACGAGUACGGCUCUGGGAGCAUGAACGCCCAUCUUGUGGAGCGCUUGCGCGCGGUCCAACUCCAAGAUAGCUAUCCGGACCCUGAGGUCGCCCCUCUGGCCAGGCCUUCGCGUACUAACAACGAUAUUGAUAAAUAUUACAAAGUUGCGAGCAAGUCGGUGGCCAAUGCUGGCCCAUGGCUUCAUAAGCCAGAGUUCCCGACGUCCUCUGAACUUUUCCCAGACGUCUUGACAGGGACAGGGUUUACAGAAGGCGAGCAGAUUAUCAGCUUCAGCGAAGAGCUUCGCCCAAACAAAGUGGAUGGCGAUUACGAGUGCAAUGAGGAGUACCUUGGCACGCAGUACGAACUGUUACGCGAGGACGCUAUCCGCCCACUGCGGGAAGCUGUUCAAGAGGUUAGGAAGGACCCUUGGCGAGAUGAAUCAGACUAUCCCUCGUCAAGUGGAAUUGGUAUUUACGAACCGGUAUACUUGAAAGCGGUCCAGUUCUCCUUCCGCGGGCUUUCCGCUAAGGUCGCAUUCUCCUUGACUCGUGUCAAGAAACUUGUCCGAUGGAACCAAUCGAAGCGCCUCAUUACCGGAACACUCGUCGCGCUAUCGCCGGCAGACGAUGCCUUUCAGGAUCCUUCUAAAUGUCUUCUUGCGAUUGUUGGCGCAAGGCCUCUCUCUGCUCUUGAAGCAAACAAUCCUCCAGAGAUAGACCUAUUCUUCGCUCAUUCAGAAGAAUACGAUUGGGACCCAGCGCGGAAAUGGAUUAUGGUUGAGUCUCGGUCGUCUUUCUUCGAAGCGAGUCGUCACACACUCCUAGCUCUGCAGCAUAUGAUGCGAGAGCCGUUUCCUUUAUCUGAGCAUCUUGUGAAGGCUCAGAAGGAAGUUGAGCCGCCAGAGUACGUUCGACUUAAUCCUUAUACCGACCUCAGUCCCCUCGUCAGCCUUGACGAGGCUGAUAAAUUCCAAGACGUGAAUAUUCUCCAGGAGUGGCCAACCGGUGAUAGCUUGACCUUGGAUAUUUCUCAGUCUAAAGCGCUGAAACGGAUCAUGACUAAGAAGCUAGCUGUUGUACAAGGCCCUCCAGGUACUGGCAAAACGCACGUUUCUGUUGUUGCGCUCCAGGCAAUGCUGCAGAACACACGCAUUGAUCCUCCCAUCAUCGUUACCUGUCAAACCAACCACGCCUUGGAUCAACUCCUUAGACAGGUGGCUGAAUUCGAAUCAAGCUUCAUUCGGUUGGGCGGUCAGACGAAGGAUCAGGAUAAGAUUAAGCAGAGAACCAUGCAAAUGCUUCUCGCCCCUUUUGAUAGAGGCCAGCCGCCACUGGACCAACGUCUCCUUGCUAAGCUUGGCUUGCUUACUGAGGAGCAGGCCGCAUCCUUGGAGAUUGGGGUAAAGUCCGUCAUGGGUAUUCCCCAGACUACACCAGGGAUACAAAUGGAGCAAUGGCUUGGCAGGUGCAUUGAGCGAUGUGAGCAUCCUUAUCGGCCCGACGAUUUUGGCAUGCCAUAUGAAGAAGAUGAUUUCGACGAGGCCGAGCAGUUACAAGAACUUGAGGCUGAAGCAGUUGCUCGUGAUGACGACGACGAUAUAGAGGCUCUCAGAGGUCCCAUCGCAGCCUUGAGUGACAACUAUCGGGGCCUAAGGGGUUCAGACUUGAGGACUGAGGCCGACGUUCGUCGCAAGCUCGAUGAAGUGGAAGAUUUGGCAACAAUCCGUGUUGAAGACCGUGGGACCAUUUACAACUACUUGUUACGCAAAGCGAAGCAAAGCGUUCUUAGGGAGUUCCGAAACCUCGCCAAGCAGUAUGAUGAACAAGUCCAUCUGAAAAAGGUCGGACAGUGGGAAGAGGACCAAGGGAUCCUUCUGAACCAACGAGUCAUUGGGAUGACUACUACUGGGUUGAGCAAGUACCGUGCUCUUAUCUCAAGCCUGAGACCUAGGGUAGUUCUGAUUGAAGAAGCAGCGGAGACACUGGAAGCUCCUGUUACGGCGGCCUGCUUUCCGACAUUAGAGCAUCUAAUCCUGGUUGGCGAUCACCAACAGCUGCGACCUCACUGCAACGUACAUGAACUGGAGGAUGAGCCUUUCAACUUCAACCUGUCGCUAUUCGAGCGCAUGGUCUGCAACAACAUCGAGCUUGAUACGCUGAGGCGCCAGCGUCGAAUGAUCCCGGAGAUACGCCGUCUACUUCAGCCGAUCUACGGUGAUAAACUGAGAGACCAUGCGAGCGUCUUGAGCGGGGAUAAUCGACCUCCUGUCGAAGGCAUGGGUGGUGUCAACUCUUUCUUCUUCACCCACGAAUGGCCCGAGUCGCGAGAUAACAACCAGUCAGCCAAGAACGAACAAGAAGCUGCUAUGAUUGUGGGCUUCAUUGAUUACCUCGUUCUGAACGGGGUAGACCCAGCGAAGAUUACUGUCUUGACGUUCUACAACGGCCAGCGCAAGCUCCUUACCUCAAAGUUGAGGCUCCAUCAGAAUCUUCGUGGUCAACCACUCAAAGUCGUGACCGUUGAUUCUUACCAAGGCGAAGAGAACGAUAUUGUCCUACUUUCUCUGGUUCGAAGCUCUAGGGAUGGGAACAUCGGCUUCUUGUCGGUCGACAACCGAGUCUGCGUCGCGCUUUCUCGCGCUAGGCGGGGAUUUUACUUGUUCGGGAAUGCAGAGAAACUCGUCUGCGGCAGUGACACAUGGGAAGCCGUCGUAAAAGUCCUAUGGGGACGUGCCAACAAGAAAGAGGUUCCAAUCGCGGGUCCAUCUAAGCGCAUAGGCUACCAUCUUCCACUUACUUGCCAGAAACAUGGCAACAAGAUUUUCCUCGAAGAGCCUCGCGACUGGGAACAUGCCAUGAUCAAGCCAGUCCAGAAGACGACCAGCGCCGUCCAACAAGCAAUUCCAAGCGCCUCGCUCCACACUCAACCUCCUACGCUUCCAACAGCUCCCACAGUUCGCGCAGCUGCAGCCCCAAUGAUUGCAGCGCCGGACACGGUCUCAGAGAAUUCUGGCAGUACUCCCCAUCAGUGGCAGGCCUACGCCAACGGGGGCGUGAAGACAGAUGAUGCUAUAGCAUGGCAAAAGAAACGCAAGGAAGCGGCUAGAUUCCAGGAGCUGAUAUCGAAUGGCUCUUCUGCAUCUAGCUCACUUCCUUCGGGAAAGCUCAUACAGGUCUCACCUAAGAAGAAGAUCUCCCAGCUGUCCUCUGCAAACACGAACCUACUGAUUGACUUGGUCGAUGAUGGCGUACCGGCAGCGGCAGCGGCAACAGGACCGACAACCCCGCGUAAGUCUAAUUCUGGACGCACGUCCUACAAGGAGAAGUUCUCGUAUGUCGGCGAGAUGACGAGUCCGAUUAGCGAGAAGGAGAAUGGGAAGGUUGAGCAGAAGGUGGAGGAGGAGGAGCGUACUCCUACACCGGUGUUCAAUCUGCUGGACUGA